UCCUACCGUGCUGCCGGUCGGUCGAUUAAAUAUAGUGGAUUAGUAUAAUUGUCGAUCAAGUCGACAAUGUCGUCAGAAAUAAACAAAGGACCCGUAGUGGGAAUGCGGCAUGUCCAGGCCCUCCUGAUCUUCCUCAACAUAAGUGUUAUGUUCCUAGGCCGGCUAAAUGUGGGCGUUUCCGUGGUGGCGAUGACCAAUGCGGAGACCACGAAUCCGGACUUUCCCGAGUACGACUGGACCGAGGCAGAGAAGUCGUAUAUCCUGUCCAGCUUCUUUUGGGGUUACAUCUUCACCCAGUUCUUGGGCGGUUAUCUUUGCAAGCGUUACGGAGUCAAGAGCGUCAUGUUCUGGGGAGUCUUUGGAUCCGGUGUCUGCAGCACAGUGACGCCGCUCUUCAUCGGAUUCGGCGAAUGGCAGGCGUACUGCGGAAUCCGAGUGCUAAUGGGACUGGCACAGGGCGUGGUCUUCCCCUGCAUUCACCAGCACUUGGCCAAAUGGUCUCCACCGGCGGAGAGGAAUCGCCUGGGUGCCCUGGCCCACACUGGCAUCGAGUGUGGCAACGUGAUUGCCAUGUUCUUGAGCGGAAUGAUAGCCAAGAGCUCCUUGGGAUGGCCCGGAAUCUCUUAUAUCUCGGCUGGAUUCGCAUUCUUCUGGUGCGCCGUGUGGUUUGCCUUUUCGGCCAACGAUCCCACACAAUCCAGAUUCAUCGGAGAGGCGGAACUGCACUACAUUGAGUCAUCUCUAAAGCAUAACGAGAACUACCACAAGACCAUUAUCCCCAUUCCCUGGAAGGCCAUAUGGACCUCGGCUCCAUUCCUGGCCCUGCUAAUAGUACGAUGCAGCCAAAACUGGGGACUGAGCACUCUGCAGGCCGAGAUCCCGUCCUACAUGAACGGAGUCCUCGACAUGGACAUGAAGAGCAAUGCCUUCUUCUCGGCUCUACCGUUCUUUGCCAUGUGGCUCAUGUCGUACAUUUAUAUCAUCGCAGCAGACGUUCUCAUGAGUAGGAACUCAGUUUCGUUGACGGUCCUGCGGAAAUCCUUCAACACAAUAGCCUUCUGGAUUCCUGCUGCCACCUUGGUGGGCAUAGGAUUCCUGGGUAAGGAACAGAAGAACUACGCCAUUGCCUUGAUGACCAUUAGUGUGGGCGUGAAUAGUGCUCAAACCAUUGGAAGUAUUUUGAACACGAUUGAUCUGUCGGAAAAUCAUGCCAGCAUUCUGAUGGGAAUUGUGAACACAGCAGCGAACUUUGUGCCCAUUGUCACUCCUUUGGUGGUUGGAUGGAUUGUAGAGGAUAAUUCUGAUCGGACCGAAUGGCAGAUCGUGUUCAUCAUUGCCUCCGUCUUCUUUUUUGUGGGCAACUGUAUUUAUUUGGUGUUUGGCACAGCUGUUACUCAACCCUGGGAUGCCGAAGACUAUCUGCAGUUAAGGGAACCUGAACUUGCCAAUGGUCCAUCCAGCCAAAAGACACCUAAAGAAGAAUCUUCUCUUAAGAUCAACGAAAAUACCAAAGACAAAUCCAUUGCUAUCAGCAGAUAGGAAAUGCAUUUAAA